UUUCUUUCAUUUUGUCUGUUCCCUCGCUACACUCCAUAAACAAACUUAAACUUAAACCCUCUCUCUCAUUCUGCAUUUAUACACACAUAUACACACAGCUGCAAACUAGGGUUUGGAGCUUCAAUGGAAGCGCCGGCGUAUGUAAAAUGGAAAGAGGCGUUUGUUCUGAGUGAAAGAGGAACAAAAGAGGUGCGUUAUUACUUGAAACGCAAAGAUGGGGGCUCAGAUCUUGUUGUUGUGGGGAAAAAGAAACAGAGCUUGAUUCCGUUGCCGUACCGUUAUAGAGUUUGUAAUGAAGCUUUGUUGUCUCCGGCUUAUAAGGCGGCUUCUUCUGUGUUGAACCUCAAGUCUCGAAACCAGGUUGUUCGUUGGUUGGAUUCUAUUGUUUCAGCUGCAUCCUCACACCAUCUUCAGCCUCCACGAUCUGGUUCUGGUUGUUUGGAGGUUAACAAUGACUGCCGGUUGAGUUCAGACAAGAUAGAGGGUGGUCGCUUGUGGAAGCUGGGCAAGCAUAAUACUGAAUUCUUAUUGCCUGGUUCUGUAUCAACUUGCAAGGACAAAAGGAAGCGAUAUCAAUCAUUUCAACUUCGUGGUGUUGAAAUUUCGAUUCAUAACUUUGUGUAUGUAUCGGCUAAAGAAAAUAAACCACGCAUUGCCUACUUGGAUGAUAUGUAUGAGGACUCCGGAGGGAAUAAAAUGGCUGUGGUACGGUGGUUUCACAAAAUUGAUGAGGUCUGUAUUGCUUUACCUGAGAUUUAUGACAGAGAGAUUUUCUUUUCUCUUUGUUUUCAACAUCUCAAUAUUGAGUGCAUUGAUGGAUUGGCAUCUGUUCUCAGCCCCCAGCACUACCAGAUAUUUUUAAGAGAGGCUAGGCACACUCAGUUCAAACCCUUUGUUUGCGACAAGCAAGUUGACAAGAACGAUGUCAAACCAAUUGAUAUCACUCAAGUUAAAGGCUACACUGAGCAAAAAAUAUUUGAAUGCAUGUUCACUUCAUCUGCAUCAAAGAAUGUCAAGAAUCACUAUCCUGCCAAAGAUGGUCUGAAUUUGGAUGUGGAGUGUGGCAAUGCAGUUGGUAAUAAACCUAAGAAGAGGCUUCGGAUAUCCUAUAACUCUUCCAAGGUUAUACGGCCAGGCAACAAUUUGCAGGCACCACUGACAAAUCCCACGGUUCCGAAAUUGGCAGACGGUUCAAUUAUUUGUAGAAGUGGAAAUCAAAUCAACCCGUCAAAAGAGUCCAUAUCUGUUGUCUCUUUACCCAACAAAGGCGUAGUUAUGAAGACAGCACAGGUUUUAACUAUUGGUGCUCAAGUUGAAGUGCUUUGUCAGGAUAGUGGUGUUAGAGGAUGCUGGUUUAGGGCUUUGAUUAUCAAGAAAAAUAAAGACAAAGUGAAAGUAAGGUAUCUAGAUAUCAAGGAUGCUGCAGAUGAAGUGCAUAAUUUAGAGGAAUGGAUUUUAUCAUCACGGGUUGCACUACCUGAUGAAUGGUGCUUACGGAUUAAUGGGCGGGCAACUGUCAGGCCAGCACCAGUGUUUAAUAAAGUCCAGGAUGCUUUGGUUGUGAAAGACGGAAGCGUUGUGGAUGUGUGGUGGCAUGAUGGUUGGUGGGAAGGCAUCAUAAUUCGAAAAGAGGCUGAGGACAAUAUCUGUGUUUAUUUUCCAGCGGAAAAACGUGAUUCAAUAUUUUGUCAGAAUGAUAUCAGACCUUCUCAAGAAUGGUUAGGAACUGGAUGGAAACAUAUAGACGACAGACCAGAUCUCCUGGCUUCAGUUUUGUCCAACCUCAGUAGGAAGCAAGAUACUGUUAAGUCCAGUGACAGAAGAUCUUCACCUUGCGAAUUUGUAGCAUUUGAUGACAAAGUGCAGUUUGGUUUUGAUCAGGGAGAUACUUCAUCAAAUGGCUAUAAAGUGGAUGAUGAAUUUGGAGUGCGAGACAUUGUAAAAGAUGAUGUACUGGCCAAUUUAAGAUGGAUGUCUUCAAGGAAGAGAAAACGCAGUAGUAGGAUUUCUUCUAAGAAGCCAUGUCAAAGUGGGACUAAGAAUAAAGGUAGCAUCAGAACUUUUGGAACUCGCACCUGGGAAAAGUUUUUCAUUUCCUCAUCGGUUAAAGUUGAUCAAGAGAAUUGCAAGUACACCAGGGAACCUGCCUUCAGUUCUUCAAUUGUGUCUCCUCUAUCAAACAUGGUUUUGUCACAAUGAAGGUUUCACUAUUUGUCCAUCGAUGUACAUCCGUAGGUUAGAUGACUUUAGACACCGUUCUUAAACUGUCUAGUUUUUGGUAGUUUGCAAGUCUUUUCAGCUCCUUGCACACAUUUUUGCAGCAAUAGUUAGCAUGCCGAGGGUGCAAAUAAUAAUCUCCCUUGGUCACAAAGCACCCAUUGUAUUCUGGUCAAUUUGUAAAAACUUGCUACUAAGGGCCUGAUGCUGGGGAGUAAAACAACAGUGUUUCACACGAAACCGACUGUUUUGCAUUUACA